UUCUCCUUUCGUCUUGAGUAGCUUUCUGGGAUCGUGGGGGUUUUGUUUUUCAAAAAUGGCGGAAAAGAUUGAGAAGACGAUUUAUGUCGGCUCGUUCCUCCACUGUGCAUCUCUCGCCGAGCUGGAUUACUGUGAGUCUGGCAUGAUCGGAGUCGACGAACAUGGAAAGAUUGCAUUCAUAACACGUGACGUCGACGGGCAACAAGUCCCAAUACCUCCCGGCUGGGAAUCCGCCAGAACGAUAAUCCUCACCGGCGAAGGCUUCUUCUUCCCGGGCUUCAUCGACACCCACAUCCACGCCUCGCAAUACCCCAACGCCGGCGUCUUCGGAAAAUCGACCCUCCUCGACUGGCUAAACACAUAUACCUUUCCCCUCGAAUCCAGCUUCACCGACCUCAAAACCGCCGCGCGGAUCUACAACCGUGUUGUAGCCCGCACGCUCAGUCAUGGAACCACAACCGCAACAUACUACGCAACUAUCCACGUCCCAGCCACCAACCUCCUCGCCGACAUCUGCCUCUCUCGCGGACAAAGAGCGUUCAUUGGUCGUGUCUGCAUGGACUCCGCCCUCAGCCCCGAUUUCUACCGCGACGCAUCUCCCGAAGAAAGUCUCUUCUCAACAGAAGCCUGCAUUUCGCACAUCCGCUCCAUCGACCCGGACUUCUCCCUCAUCUCCCCCAUCAUAACACCUCGUUUCGCACCUUCCUGUUCCCUCGAAAGCAUGACGGCCCUUGGGGAGCUCCACGCUGCCAGCGGUAUUCCCGUACAGACCCACAUCUCCGAAAACCUUGACGAAUGUGCUCUCGUCGCUCGCAUGUUCCCCGACCACGCCUCUUACGCCGAUGUUUACGAUAGCUGUGGACUCCUCUCCUCCCGCACUAUCCUCGCGCACGCCAUUCACCUCUCACCCGCCGAACGCAACCUAAUCCGCGAACGGGACGCCAAAAUAUCACACUGUCCGGCGUCCAACACGGCUUUAACAUCCGGCACAGCCAAAGUCCGAGAUUUACUCAACGAAGGCCUCACAAUCGGACUCGGGACAGAUGUCUCUGGCGGCUGCACACCGAGUCUCCUCAAUCAAGCCCGCGAAGCAAUCUACGUUUCCCGACACGUAGCCAUGUCUCCCGGACAAGAUGCCGCGAAAUUGAGUGUGGCGGAAGCACUGUACCUCGCGACUCGGGGUGGGGCGAAAGUCGUGGGUCUGGAAGACAGGGUCGGCGGCUUCGAGGUUGGUAUGGACUGGGAUGCGCAGAUGGUAAGGUUCGCGAGAGUGGGCGAGCAAGUGGAGUUGGGAAAGGAGAGUGAGGGGUUGGUGGAGAUUUUCGGGAAUGAGAGUUGGGAGGAUAAAGUGGCGAAGUGGUUGUAUACGGGGGAUGAUCGGAAUACCGUUGCGGUGUGGGUGAGGGGGAGGCUGGUGCAUUGGAGGGAAGGGUGGACGGGGUAG